AUGUUCACCAAGGCGCAAGCCCUGGCAGUGACGCAGAUGCUGGCGGUGAUGUUCUCCAAGCUGCCGGCGCAGGAAGAUUACUACGACUUCAGAGAACUGUCGGAGACGUACGACUUCAUCAUCGUUGGCGGUGGUUCAGCGGGCGCAUUGUUGGCCAACCGCCUCUCGGCAAAGCCGUCCCUUCGCGUGCUUCUGCUUGAGGCCGGUGGGGUGGAGGACACACUGAGUGCCGUGCCCCUGAUGGCCACCCUUCAGCUUCAGGGACCGAAGGACUGGGCCUACUGGACGGUACCGCAGAGGAACGCCUGCCUCGCUCUUAGUGACCAGUGCAGCCCGUGGCCCCGCGGCAAGGUUCUGGGCGGCUGCUCGAGCGUCAACUUCAUGCUGUAUGUUCGCGGACAUCCCGAGGACUACGACCGCUGGAGUCGAGUGCACGGCGCCACCGGAUGGGACUGGGAAAGCGUGCUGCCAUUCUUCAAGCGUUUCGAAGACCAGACCGACAUACGCCUGGCCGCAUCCGGCACAUACGGCGUGGGAGGCGAGAUGACACUGUCCAUGGCUGCCUCGAACACUCCGCUGGCAAGGACAUUUUUGGACGCCGGCAGAGAGUUGGGUUACGACAUCAUCGACUACAACGUCGGCAGCCGUAAGAUGAUAGGGUUCUCCGCCUUCCAGACUACGAUGCGCAACGGUUCCCGCUGGAGCACCGCCAGCGCCUUCCUGAGGCCAGUGUCCGGUCCAGCGGGAAGACAGAACCUGCACAUCUCCCUGCACUCAACGGCCAACAGGGUGAUCUUCGAUGGCAUGCGAGCCGUAGGCGUCGAGUUCGUGAAAGAUGGCCGCACUCGCACCGCAUUCGCCACCCAUGAAAUUAUCCUGUCGGCAGGAGUCAUCGAGUCACCGCACCUGCUUUUGCUAUCGGGCAUCGGGCCCAAGGAACAGCUGCAGGAAUUCGAGAUCCCUGUGAUCGCCGACUUGCCAGGCGUCGGAGAGAACCUGGCCGAGCACGUCUACCCCGGUGGCCUCAGCGCUAGCAUCAAGCGCAAGAUCGACAUUGACAUCACGCCGUUCGCUGGCCCACUGCUCUAUUACAGCCGGAAUAAAGGACCAUGGACCAUCCCCGGUGGUGUGGAAACAGUGGCUUUCGUGCAGACCGAGCCGGCUAACGGAACGGCUGCAGGUGUGCCUGACAUCGAAAUAGUGCUUUUCUCAAUGUCACCAGCAUCAAAGGAAGGCGAGAGGUUCAUGCUUGACAUCGGACUAGACCCAAAGGCGUACGAUGAGUACUACAAGCCUCUGCGCGGGAUCCAUGGCUACAACCUGGUACCCGUCUUGCUCCACCCGAAGUCUCGCGGCGUCGUGCGACUGAGGAGCGCCGACCCCCGGAUGCCCCCCGCCAUCGACCCUCGAUACUUUUCGCAUCCGGAUGACAUACGGGUCAUCGUCAAAGGCAUGAAGGCAUCUGCGCGGAUCGCUGAGACGAAGGCGUUCAAGAAGCUGGGUUCAAAACUGUGGCCUCGUCACUUCCCGGGAUGCGAGCAGCACCUGUUGUGGGGAGACGAGUACCUCGAAUGCCUGGCCAGGCACUACACCGCUGCCCUGUGGCAUCCGUCAGGAACUUGCAAGAUGGGCAAUGGAAGUGACGCCGUCGUGGACCCGCAGCUCAGGGUGCUGGGUGGCGUGCAGGGCCUACGAGUCGUGGAUGCAUCGGUGAUGCCUGAACCACUGUCGGCCCACUUCAACGGGCCCGCCAUGAUGAUCGCCGAAAAGGCGGCACACAUGAUUCUCCAGGCCAUGGAGGGCGAGGACAACGAGUCUCUGGUGCCAGAUGCCACGGCUGUGGUUUGAAA